UCUUCCUCAGAUGAACAGAUAUAUGUACAGCACAAGACAAUAGCUGAUCUUCGAUAUACCAACGUAAGGUGGUCAGUGCUCAGCGAGAAAUGUUUAGGAUUUCUCACCUGAAAUGGUUGCAAGGCGUAGUCGCCGGGGCUGGGAGCGCUCCGGUAAUGAGCGGAUUGUUCGUCCACCCCACACGGACCAGACCACACCGCGCGGGCACCACCUCAGCUGCCCAAUUUGAUUGUCGUGAUGAAAUAGCAAGAGCAACAGGUAACUCACAGGCAGGCGAACCGUUUGGUUGGCUCCGAUCGCGUGGGGCAACAAUGAAAUUUCUUCUCUCGGGCGUGCCAUUUCCCAGCCUGAGGGCUUUACAUUGUUCCCCCUCGCAAAUGCUGGCGUGCAGCCGACCCGGUGUAGUGCAUCGCGCAGCUGCAUGUGCAGCUCCAAGGAUCGCUCCGUUCGGCUACAAUUGAAGGAUCAAGAUAAAGAAAAACUUAUACUGACCCCACGCAGCAGCAAUAGACAGUUGUCUGUUCAUUGAUGGCGACAAUGUGCUCGUCCUGCUUGAAAAUUGGGUCCCGGUUCGUUGUGGUGAUCGUAUUUGCCAUAUGCUCCCUACCUGAGUUAGAAGCCCGACAUUACGUGCUCGUCCGGAGAGUCUACGCUGGCGAGGAGGGACGUGCAAUGUUUGAGAGAGACGAAUCAUCUCGAUUGUUUGGAUGGCCUUUAGGAGUUAGCUCGGAACUAGCUAUACUCGACUCAACGCCAAUCUUCCGUGCCGUUGUUGAGAACGAUUCUAGUGAUGCGAACAAUAAUGAGGUUUUAUCAGCGAAUGGAGAUGAAGUAUCUCGCCUGCCGCCAUUACAGUCAGGGCGUAGUGCUCCCCGUAGAGUUACAUAUGACGACUCUGAGACUCGAAAAUCUGAGGGUGCUGCAAGCGAGGAUCUGAAGGGCCGUACAAAUGUUACUUCAAAAAGCUCUCCGACUGAUGUUCAAGUAAUUAAGCAAUCAAAAAGCAUCGACAUUCACAAUCAUGAGCCAGAUACAGCUGAGACACACGAAGCGAAUUCUGCCCAGGGUAAGGACGCUCAGUCAUCGCAACAGGGGGAGCCCGCGACAGAUAGUGGUACCGAGAGUAGCAAUGGCGAUGACGAUGACGACAUGGCUCCUAUCAAUAUUGAAGACAUCGAGAAAAUUAUGGCAAAGCACAAGAUUCGUAUAAUGGGGGCCACUCAUCCAAUGGCAAGGACUGAAUUCGGUCAAGACGGAGCUAAAAGUGUAUCAAAUGAAACGCAGCGCACAACCCCUCAAUAUGAGAGCACACACGAAUCCCGAACUAAUAAACAGGAAAACUCAUCGCGCAACAAAGAGAAAGGCGUGCCUGAACAAGUAAUGCGUAUAGCUGAAUGGCUUCUCAACCAAGCUCCUUAGUGGACUGAAGCACUAUCUUCAGAAAUACAAUUCUGAGAAAAUAUAAUGGAUAUGAAAUCCAUGUAGCAAUAUUGUGAUUGAUGAUUUGGAUUUUUAAACGUUC